UACUGAUUCCUAUUUACACAAGUCGUCUCAAGAAGUACAUUUUGUCAAGUGCUGGAGCUAAUCAACUAUAAACAGUAUGUUUGUAGAAACGGGCUCUUGAGAAUUUUCCCAAAAUGCCCCAGGCAUUCGUAAGUGAAUAUUAAUUUUUGACAAGAGGCCAGUACUAGUUGAGUUCCUUCUUAAUCGGGUUCAUCAAUUUAGUGUUUCUACUCACAUUUCAGCGGUGUUAACUAUCAUUCUUUGUUAAAAGCGAGUUCAAUGGCGUUCAGAAGAACUUAAGCGGAGACAUUUAGAAACGCAUAAUUUGAUUUCCAGUGACGCACCGCAAUGUUAUUUUGAUUACGUGAACAAAUUAAUUUAGCAUCACAUUUGUUAGUAACAAUGAGGAGAAAAUUGCUUUUAACUCGAAUUAAUCAUUGCAAUCAACGCACUUUGUUUUCUCAAUUGCUAAACUUUGCAUUCAAUCUAAGAGCGUUAAAUGUAAGAGUAAAAUACUUGAGGCCAAAGUGAGAGAAAGAGGCUUCUCUUUAAUCAGCUGUUGGAGAUCUCUGUCAAGUUAAAAGAGACUAAACACAAAAAGGCGGGUCAGAGAGCCAAAGAGCGGAAGCAAAAGCGUCUCACCUGGACAGUGAGCUGGGCUCAAAUGCCAUACACAUAAAGCGAAGACCCCGAACGCGAGUGCGUUGGCAAGCGGUUAAAACCUUUCUAUAAAAAUUUCAUAAACGUAUCAGUUGUUUGCGAAGCGAUGUGCAAAACAGACGUGUAAACGGAAGACGUCCCACGGUUCGGAUUUUAUAGUAUCGCCUGUACACGCAGGUAAUGGGAAAUCGAAUUCAAAUCUAAAGCCUAAAUCAAACUCUACCAAAGCUCGCUGACCGCGCUUACAAGUUUUUUGGUUCACGCGUCGACUGAAUAUCCUUUAACCCGCUGAACUUUGCGUCGCUUCCGAGACGUGUUUGUGCUGGUGGCAUUUUUGUAACACCCAGUUUUUCCUUUGUUGAAAAGUGCCUCAAGAAAGGCUCUACUUUGAUGUGGAAAAGUGUUAACGACAACAACAGUGGCAGCAAAACGGAAAAGCUGCUAAAUACGCUGACCAAUACGAAGUGACAUUAUGACGGCCAUGCCCGUAGUUUGGUGCUCUGAUCCUAAUUCUGUGAGCAACAAGCCCACGGCCUUCGCCUUGCACGGAAUUCAGCUACAGGGGAAUGUAACUGAGAAGCAGGUCCACGCUCUCCGUCAGCUGGUAAACGCAGCUGCCGAAGGCCGUCUCAUCCUGCCCUCGGACGGCACCUUCACUCUUUUAGACAGCGGUCUUAGCAUCGAAAGCUCAAUCGUGGAGCAAAAGUCCUGCAGCUCGAUUAGUCCCAGCAACCUUAAUUUACUGACUCAGCCUACGAGUUCUAAAAACACAUAUAUCCUUAUGCCUGUGAGCAGGGCGGAAGGAUGCAGACAAGGAGAAGGUACAUUGACUGGAGACGGAGGAGGAUCAGGACAGGCGAUUGCAGCUGCUGCCGCCCAAUUAGAGUUCCUUCUGGAGCCCAAAUAUAUGCCAACGCUCGAAAUUAACGGCGAUGCGGAAGGCAAUGCAGCAGUAGCUAAAGCUGGAGCGUCAGUUCUCUACGAGUUUCUAUGCUGCGCGAAGUGCUUGCACGCGCAGCGAACCGGACCCACUUGCACUGGGCGGCGCUUGCAGCGUUUUUUGAGGACCUGCAGCAGUGGCAGUGCCAGUAGCAUAAGCAACGACUACGAGAUGGUCAACGUCCCAGCUAUAAGGCAGCUACAAGUGGAUCCUGUCAGCAGCAUUGCCAGCAAGUACGCCCGUCGACAGCAGCGACACAGGCAACAUGGUACCGUCUCUAUGGGCAUUGCACGUAAUCGCACCCAUCGUCAUCAGAAAUUACCAAUGCACAGUGUUAAAAUCUUUCAUUAUCGUAGCACUUAUAUGCCAAAUACUACACAAUCAGCAAUCGCUGGGCCGGCUGAGUGCCUUGUGAGCAGCGCGGAGUCAAUAAUUCCGAGUUUGAAUCCGAGUCCGAGAUCGAAUUCCAACCUCACCAAAGCGAUUAUAUCAAGUGUUGGUCGUGAAGCAUUUAGUUUGCUACAGACAGCGGCGCGAUCUACAUCGGUGACAAAAACAUUGGCAGAACUGCCACUAACAAAUCUGCCCCUAUACGCUGUGGUAAACAAAAAUCGUGAAUUUCCGAGUGAUGACAAGACUGAGAAAUCCGCACCGACCAUGCUAUCCGUAGUGCCCGAGGAGCCGCCGUCACAUACCGCAGUCGGGUACGAUCUGAUCAGCUUUGACGAUAACCAAACGCAGGUGGAUGCUGAGGUGGGGGCUGUAGGACAGGAUGAAACUGCUAUAGACCUGCUGUGCGCCCCGAAUGAGGAGGACACUUUGUUGGCCCUGCUGAAUACCCCACCAGCCACUACGCUAAAGCCCAGUUUCCCUGAAAGCAACAACUCGAGCCGCAAGACAAGCUUUGAUUCGACGAGCACCCUCAGCUCUAUGGACUCUGGAUUCAUGGAGAUGCAGAACAAAUUUGAUGCUUUGGCAGCAGCAGCGGCGGCACCAGUGCCCUCAGAAGAAGCAACAACAUUGUCGUCAUGCGGAGAGAAAAUGGAGAGACGCAACUAUAAGGAGUGUCUUACGCAGUCGCGAAACCGCCGAAAAUCGUACGAGGAGUUCAAAGCCAUGUUUGUUGAUCCCGCUGAAGCAACUAUUUCGGCAUCUAUGCCCCCGCUGGGGGCAGAAGCGGAAGGCGCAACAACUGCCACCAACGUUGUGAUGCCACUUUCUUCUAUUUCAGAACAAGAAACCUCAAGCAGUCGGGGUGUGAGAGGCAAACCGGAUUGCGUAAACGAGUUUCACGGCAGUGCAGAUGAAAUGGAUACCGGCGACGGUGACUGCGAUGGAGAAAAAGGUUCUUCUGAUGAUGGUCAUCUAACAGCAAAAAAAACCGCAACAUCAAAACCUUUAGUCAGAAACACCACGACAGAGGCGAUGAGAAAAAAUUCCGAUUUUCUAUCGCAAAUUCUCGAUCACCAAUUUGCGGCUAAGGAACGAGCAAAGGCACAAAAGCGUCGCACUUCGUACGAGGAAUUUAAACGUCUGGUUAACGAAAUCGACCCGCUGGAAUGCCAAGACGCACCACCACUUGCCAUAGAGGCUAUGGCCGCAUUCAGAAAGCGCCAGAACCCGCGGCAACGUAAAAGCUUCGCCAGCUACUUUCUGCCGCGCCGACACUCGAUAAAGGAACAAACGACAGACAAUGAUAACCUUUCCCGGGAUUUAAAUGUGUCGCCGCACGAUAAACAGUUGGUGGUCAGCAGCAAACUGCCGCCUCAAAGGGGCAACAACAUUGAAGGUUCGGGGACCCAUUAUAGGCGCAAUUUUAAAAUCUACGAUAAGUUGGUGUACGGCACUAUAUAUGAUAUUAUCCAGCGCAAGAAUGAUAUUUACCAAAACUACGAUAGGUAUAUGACCUACGGCACCAUCUAUGAGAUCCUGCACCGGAAGUCCUCACAAUACGGCGAACGGUGGCAGCGCAAGAGCCUCAGCUCCCCAUUAGAAGGCCGUCGAUCCCCUGGGGGCAUUAUCUACGACAUCGUCCAGAAACAGCGGACUUUGGAAUGCCUAGAGUCGACCGCGGUAUCCAAGUCCAGUACCUACAAGUAUGGAACGAUCUACGACAUCCUACAGAGCGGAAAACUUGAUGCGUGUCAUGGCAAUAGUAAGGCGGAUCCCAAGCCAGUAUUGGGCAAACCAACUCGCUUCGUGGUUAGCCAGGUAGAGGAGACGGUCCAAACGCCACCGAUGGAACAGCUGGAGUCUAGUGCCCUGAAUCGGUGUGUUGCAAAGCCCAGCAAGCCACACAAAAUACGGCGGCUGUCUGACAUCCUUUGCAACAGUCGAAAUGCUGGGGAAGGUCCGCAGAAUGCGGCCGCCAGGCAGGAGGCCAAACAGAAACCCUUCCAGACCAAGAGGCGGAUCGGGGUCACCAACCUCCUGCUACCACUGGAUUCUAAGGAACUGUAUACACGCAUUAUCGCCCAACAACGAAUGCUUGAAAAAGACCGUGUCCAGGACCUACAGGCGGAUAGUAGCAGCGAGGCAAAUCUGUGGCCCCGCCACGCAUUGACCAAAUCCAGCUCGCUGGACGCCAUUUCCCUGUCGGUGCCCAUUUUGCAUGGGCCUGCGUGUUCUCCGCCGCUUCCCCGUCGCAGCCUUAAGCAGCACCGCUGCUUACACCAGCGUCAGCAAAUAGCUUUGGCCAAAAAACACUCGCUGGAUAACUGCCCUAUUCGUCGUUGCUCAAACCCAACUCCCUUGAAGUGUACCUGUCAGCACGCUGCCGAGGAACAUUUGAUACCCGCCAAUGAGAAAUACCUCUCGCUGUCCACCGCCUGCUCCUGUCACCCCUUUCAUACGAUUGCAAACUCAAGUGUAAUCGAUCAGAGCACGACCACAACAAAGUCCUUCGAAAAAACAUCGACGACAUUAGCCAAGAAAGGCAAAUCGCGUCGACUUUCAGAAUUCACGCACGGCGAAUUUUUAAAUGAAAAAUCCUGGUAUUUCCGCAAAAUCAAACGUAUUGAGGCUGAGAAAAAACUUCUAUUGCCGGAAAACGAACACGGUGCAUUUUUAAUUCGAGAUUCCGAGAGCCGUCAUAACGACUAUUCACUAUCAGUGCGCGAUGGCGAUACGGUUAAGCAUUAUCGCAUCAGACAGUUGGACGAAGGCGGGUUUUUCAUUGCCAGGCGCACAACAUUUAGAACCCUCCAGGAGUUGGUGGAGCACUAUUCCAAGGACUCGGAUGGCCUCUGCGUCAAUCUCUGCAAACCGUGUGUACAGAUCGAGAAGCCUGUUACAGAAGGACUUUCGCAUCGCACUCGUGAUCAGUGGGAGAUUGACAGAACAUCCCUGAAAUUUGUGAGGAAGCUGGGCUCGGGGCAGUUUGGCGAUGUCUGGGAGGGACUAUGGAACAACACGACACCUGUUGCUAUUAAAACUCUGAAAUCUGGCACAAUGGAUCCCAAGGACUUCCUAGCGGAGGCUCAGAUCAUGAAGAAAUUGCGCCAUACUAAGCUCAUUCAGUUGUAUGCGGUAUGCACUGUGGAGGAGCCCAUUUACAUAAUCACAGAGCUGAUGAAGCACGGUUCCCUGCUGGAAUAUCUUCAAGCCAUUGCAGGCAAGGGACGAAGCCUCAAAAUGCAAACACUGAUUGAUAUGGCAGCGCAAAUAGCUGCUGGAAUGGCCUACCUGGAGUCCCAAAAUUAUAUCCAUCGAGAUUUGGCGGCACGCAAUGUGCUUGUUGGUGAUGGCAACAUCGUCAAGAUUGCAGACUUUGGCUUAGCCAGGCUAAUCAAAGAGGACGAGUACGAGGCCCGAGUGGGCGCCCGCUUCCCAAUAAAAUGGACGGCUCCCGAGGCUGCAAACUACAGCAAAUUCUCAAUCAAAUCUGAUGUUUGGAGCUUUGGUAUUCUUCUAACAGAGUUGGUCACAUACGGACGUAUACCGUAUCCAGGCAUGACCAACGCCGAGGUUCUAACGCAAGUGGAGCACGGCUACCGUAUGCCGCAACCUCCUAAUUGCGAACCGCGACUUUACGAGAUUAUGCUGGAGUGUUGGCACAAGGACCCAAUGCGCAGACCCACGUUUGAGACGCUGCAGUGGAAGCUGGAAGACUUUUAUACAUCCGAUCAGAGCGACUAUAAGGAGGCGCAGGCUUACUGAUAAAUGCUUUCGGAAGCGGCCAGCAGCCGUGACGAUAAGCAAGACAUCUGAAAAUAAUUGACGGGCAUCCCAAAACGGACAAUUUUUACUAAGUUAUUUACUUCAGUUUUUUAUAGAUUUUCUACUGCAGUACGCCCUAGACGUUGGUGUGCUUCUUUAGGUAACUCCAUGCGAUAUGAUUCAUGUUAUUAGCGUUUAAGCUAAAAAAAAUAGUUGCAAACGUUGAAUGCAAUUUCAAAGGACUUUCCAUCGGGACAUUCUUUAUGUUGUUUAUUAUGACCAAUAUACGUAUACUUGGUCGAAUUAAUAUCUUUUGGCAUCCUUGUGGUAUUUUUGACUUAUAUAUCAAACGUAUUAUUAUUUGUUUAACGCAUAUAGUAUAUACAUACCCGCAUACACACUUAUAUAUAGUCAAAUGUAUGUCCUCUUUAUAUUCAAAUACCCUAUUUUUUCGCUAGUUUAUAGAUUCAUCUGAGUACGAUAUUGACAUCAUACAAUUAGAAACUCUCACUCAUCAUUAUCAACAACAUUAUAUGUUUUAUCACAAAUAGGAAAAGUAAAAAGCAACACAAACGCCAAUUAAUAAGUGCUAGCUUUACGUUUCUUUGCCCUGCGCAAAGCUAAAUCCUUACGAUUAAUUUUUUAGAAUUUAAUUUUAAUUUGUAAUUAUCAAAUUUAAAUAUUACAUUUAAAAAAAGAAAAUACAUUUCUUCAUAACUUAUAAUAAUAAAAUCGAAUCCGAUUCUUUAAAGUGAAUUUCCGGGAUAUUGUUAUCGGAAGAAAGAGUGCACUUGGAGAGCCUUCAUAACGUAAAAACAAGGAUGGUAUUUUGACAAAAUAAAAGUGAAAUGUACUCGAACUUGAA